AUGCCAAAUCCUGCGCUACCCCGUCUAGUGCGUUCUACCCUAGAGAACGCACCAGAUGCACUGUCAUUGAAUGACCUUUUGUCCGUUAUUGACGAGUUUGUUCUGGACUGUGCCUCUGCGGAGGAUCAGGAACCCGAAAUUAAUCAGCUCGGAGAGGACUUGCAAUCAAUAUAUGAUGAAGUCGUUGACCAUUCGUGUCUCCAGCAAACGGAGAUAUUCCUGGCCAUCCUGUAUCACCUAGGACCUGUUCUAUCGUCGAUAUCUGUCAUUUCUUGGUUUGAUCUUGUCCUUCGCCCUGCUUUGCGUGAGCCAAAGCUACCCACUCAAGCUGUCAGUCACGCCAAAGAACUCAUCAUCUCGGCUCUACAAAAAGCAAACGAAAUAUAUGCUGAUAAAGUCAGGGACUUCCGGAGGCGUCUAUUAGAACUCUACUUAUUGGAUGCUUUCAAUGAAAGUUCUGGUGAUGAUGUUUUGGAGUGGGCAGGUUUGGAUGAAGAAGAGCGAAUAAAGCGGACGCACUGGAAACACAACCUCGAAGACAUCUUGGUCAAGUUCGGAAACGAAAGGCCCGAGGACCUUCUUAAUGAAGUUGAUCAACAUUUUGCUACUCGGUCCUCACGAUUGCAACUGCUUACUUUAUUAAAUGUCUUCAGUUGCGCCCCGAACUUCGCCACCGCUGCUGAAAUACUUCCCAAACUUCCCCUCAUGCAGAGCCUACUGCUCUCUCUAUUCUUGGAUAAUUCAUCGACCGCUUGUACUCUCGGUGUCACGUUGAUUGUGAAACUAUUACCUUUCUUUGCCGUUCAUGCCCGAGAGGAUCUCAAAAGCAUGUUACCCAAACUGCUUGCUAUAUUAGCAAGGAUCAUGUGCUGGAAACAGAGGCGAGCAUCGAAAGACAGAGUCCCCACGGGAGAUGAAGUCGACGUCGAUUUCGAGAAGGAACUCGAGCAGGAAACAAAUCCUGUGCUCACUAUCUCGCCCGAAAUAACAUGGGACCGACUAGAAAUGGUUUUCAAUGUUGCGACACCAAUGCCACCUUCAUCGAGACCUUACUUCACUAUACUCUAUUAUCUAUAUCCUUCCAAUGUUUUAAAAUUCCUUCGUGACCCCGCUCAAUAUCUGACUGACAGCAACACUCCAAGUCCGUAUCUUGAAAGUUGGAAGGAUGCUUUGGAUCAGGACGAAAUUCGGCGACGAAGUGAGAACUUGGUUAGGGAACAUAAUUGUCACCCUCUGCUGAUUUGGCGAGAUGCUAUCGUUGAACUUGAACAACGGGAAUUCUGGAUGAAGUAUGACAUAUCGCGGAUAGUCAGCGAAGCAGCCAUGCUCGACAUCCGAAAUCUUGCUGUCGGCCUUAGAGCACGUUAUAUAUCAGGACGGCCGUCACCUUCCCUGAACCCACCAGAAUCAUCGUCUACAACAUCAGAUCCAAGACCUCCUCCCGAAUCACAUUCCAUAAAGCCAAUCGAUCUUUCCUCCGGGAAGGCAGUUAUUUCGCUGCAAGAUAUGAUUGAUACUACAAUAGCUCUGAAAUCUAAACUCGAUUUAGAAGUUAUCCAACCUACGUCUCAGUGGCCUCACUCACUAUUCUCGGCAAUUGGCGUAUCGUCUCCAGAGCCAAACGACCUACCUCCUAUGGCAACCCUCGAACAAGAUCCUAAUUCUUUACAUGUCGCUCAGGCUAUAUCCGGGCUUCAGCGUGAAGUUCUUCUACUGAGAAAUGACCUCAAUUUUGAACUUUGGUUGUCCCGCGAGAAUGCGAAACAUAUUGCCCGUCUGUAUCAAGACAGGAUUCUCAUGAAAACUGCUGAAACAGAACGUCAAGGCUUGUAUAACAAGCUUCGCAAGUAUCGUACUCAAGUUACUCGGCUCGAAAAGGAGCUACGGGACCAUAAAAUGCAAGCCUCUAACGCAAAGAAUAAAUAUGCAGAUUGGAAUGCGGAGCUGCAGAAAAAAUUGAAAGAACUUCGUGAUGAGAAAAAGAGUUGGUUUUUGGAGGCGGCGACACUGCGCACUGCGGAGAAAGAAGCCAGGGCUCUUUUCGACGCACAAGGUAAACUGCUGGCCGAGGCCUCAAAACAAGUGUUUGAUCUCUCUACUCAAAAGAAAGAGAACCAACACAAAAUCGACAGACUGCAUGAUUAUGAACGCCAGAUUGAGCAACACAUCAAGGUGCAAAGCAUGUGGGAUGAGGAUUUUGCAAAGUUCAAAGAACAAGAGAACGACAUCAGUGUUAUGCGAAGCCAGUAUAAGCAGAUGACAUUGCGGUUGGAGAGCAUGGAAGCGGCACAGGUUGAAUUGGAAGAACUCGCACGGGGUUACCGGCGACAGAUUCAGACUCUUGAAGCCCAACUUGCUCAGAUGCGACGCAAGGUGACAACAAAUUCGCGUACGCCAUUUGUUGAAGGCAUGGCUGCACUGCAACUGGAAAAAGUUGCUCUGAGUGAAACGAACACGAAACUUCGCGAAGAAAAUCAAGUACUGAAAGACGAAGUGGAAGAACUGCAGGCGAUGGUGCAACUGUUGAAAGGACAGCAUAGCCGCCAAAGCUUGAUUUCUGAACCGAGAGCGAGUCCGAUUCUUUCACCACGGCCGUUCCAUUAA